AUGGGUGAUAGUUCUGCGUCUUCUGCUUCGACAAGCGUUGCCUUGUCAACUUCCGCAAAAGCUAGUCAGGAAGACCCUACGGCCACAAACAAAACUGUGCUUCAUACGAACGAAGCCGAAAAGUCAGGCAGAGUUGAACCAAAAAACGCCGAAGCACUGGUCGAUGAGGGCACGAAGGCGUUUGCUUUGCACGAGUACGAGACGGCCGUACAGAAACUUGGCGAAGCCUCUCAGUUGAUAGGUGUGAGCAGUGGUCAAAAUUCGCGAGAGUAUGCCGAUGUACUCAUUCUUUAUGGACGAGCUUUGUUGGAGAACUUUAUAGCACAGAAUAGUGUAUUAGACAAUAGAGUACUUGAGAAGACCAGUGCUGUAUCAGAAACAGGCGGCGCAACUGAUAAUAGUCAGAAUGACGACGACCUGUCGGUUGCAUGGGAAGUUCUUGAUAUCGCAAGGAUAAUCUACUCAAAAAUUGAGGGUGAUGAUGCGGAAAUCAAACUUGGAGAGAUAUACAUUUUAUUAGGCGACGUGUCCCUGGAAAACGAGGCGUUUGACCAAGCUGUAAAUGAUUUCCGGGAGGCUCUUAACAUAAAGGUUCGCCGACUUCCUGCAGAUGACCGACAACUUGCGGAAUAUAGUACCAGCGAGAGGGACAACGCAGUGUCUCACGUUCAAGAAGCGAUUCAGGUAUUGGAGCAGCGUAAGAGGAGUCUGUAUGAAAAGCUUACUAUUCUUAAUGCGCAGCAAGACGUCAAAGGGAAAGGUGUGGCGACGGCAGAUAACGACACUGACGCUAUAGAUAAAGAGAUAGGUGAACUGAAUGAACUGUUAAUUGAUAUGGAAACAAAAGUUGAGGAGCUUAAAAGCGCCAAGCUUGUGCGAGAUAUGCAACACAGUUCUGUUUUAGAUGAACUUAUACGGCUUACGACCGCUUCGAAUGCAACGACAGCCUCGGAAUCUGCCUCUGGUUCCGGACAAGCAUCAACUUCAACGACAGCAACAUCAGCGACUAGCACUGUCAAUGAUAUUUCUUCUCUAAUUAAACGGAAGGCCGUAGAUACUAAUAGCUCUCAGUCCGAGACCAGUACCAAGGAAACUAUAGUGCAGGAGGAAAACUCAGUGAUUAUACCACAAGAAUUAAUAGAGGGAGAGAAUGAGAAGAAACGCAAGAUGGAGCUGAAUGGCGAGGAGGUUGCAAGUGUAGACGGGGCUCAAAGUAAAAAAACAAGAGUAUGA